AUGGUGAAGGAAUGUAAGGUGAAAUUGAAGAGUUCGGAUGACAAGAUAUUUGAGGUAGACUAUGCCGUGGCCAUGCAGUCGCAGAUAUUAAACAACACUCUCGGUCACACCGGCUGCACGGAUAGCGCCCUGCCUUUCCACAACGUUUCCAGUCAAAUUCUGGCGAAGGUGAUCGACUACUGCGAAUAUCAUGUUAAUGCCUCCAAGACCAUCUCGGAGAAGGAUGUGAAGAUGUGGGAUCAGGAGUUCGUGAAGCACCUGGAUCAGGCUACUCUUUUGGAUCUCCUAAUGGCCGUCCAGUACCUGGGUAUACACAAUCUUCAAGACUUAAUAUGCCAAACUGUAGCCGACGGGAUCAAGGAUAAAAGACCAGAAGAGAUCAGAGAAAUAUUCAACAUACAAAAUGACUUGACUCCUGAAGAGGAGCAAGAAAUCAGGCGUGAAAAUGAAUGGGCCUUCGAGGAAGAAGUGUCCCCUGAAGUUCAGGAAGAAGUCAGGCGUGAAGUUUGA